AUGGCUCCAAUCACCAACAAGAAGGCUAAGUCCGCCAACAAGUACACCGUCGAUGUCUCCGCUCCAACCGAGAACGGUGUCUUUGACCCAGCUUCCUACGUGAAGUUCUUGAACGACAAGAUCAAAGUUGAGGGUGUUGUCGGUAACUUGGGUAACGACAUUGUCGUUGAGGAGUCCAACAACGUUGUCACUGUUGUCUCCACCACCAAGUUCUCUGGUAAGUACUUGAAGUACUUGACCAAGAAGUACUUGAAGAAGAACCAGAUCAGAGACUGGAUCAGAUUCGUCUCUAUCAAGCAAGGUACUUACAAGUUGACUUUCUACUCUGUUGAGGCCGAGGAGGAAGACGAGGAGUAAGAAGUUUUCAUUGAGUGAUUGAUGACUACCCGCUAGUCAUUUAUUUUUACAAUGUCAUACCUUUCUGUUUCCUUUUUUAAUGUUGCUUUCAUGGGUUUUAUGGUGUUUUAAUGAAAUAAUCUAGAGUUUCUGGAAG